AUGGAUAGCAGAUAUCUUAUGGACAAAAUUUCAAGAUUUUUUGCAGGGAAUUUUGUCUCCCCCUCGCUCAUCAUGUCACUGCACCACUGGACUGAAAUCGCGUAUAACAGCGUUUUCUGGGCAGUCGUAUUGUGGUCAUCUACUGAUCUUAUUGGAUUAGUCAUCUACUCGGCGUACAUUGUUUUGUCGUUGUCUAUUGUUCUUGUGAUCAUCCUCAUCAUCUUCAAUAAGUCCGACAGUACCAUCAGUGAAUAUAUUUUUCUGGCUUUUUGGGGAAUAUUCUCCUAUUUUACGAAUUGUUCAAUACGGAUGCCUACAUCGGAGGACGUUCUGUACGAUUCCCAGAUAUUUUCCCCGGAGGCAGGUUCUUUGAGGUAUUUUGCAAUAGCGUUGCUUGUAGCUAGGACAGGGGGAGAUGAACACUUUACCGUUUGGAUUAUAUCUGUCACAUGUACAUCACUUCUCCUGAAUUAUCUUUGCGUACAGAUGCAUGCAACGGAUUUUGAAGGAACUUCAGACGAGCGAAAUACCGGAACAUUUUCAAGAAAACUAUCCUAUUCCCUAUUGUUAAUAAUACUUUUCACUUCUUAUCUGCAUAGCACAUCCGUAUCAUCAUUUGCAAUAACUUUAUUAAUGACAUUUUUUCGAAUCCAAUAUGUAAUUAAAACAAUAGAGGGAAAACUUAAAGAAAAAGACGGUGAUUUGUUGAAUAGAUCUGAGAUUUAUUACUGUUUAUUAUCGGCGUUUUAUAUUGGUGCAUAUGCAUUUUUUAUUAAGACAUCUCAACGUAAUUUGUUAUCGGUGCCAAUGGUUUUUCUGUCCAUAGAAACAUUAUAUUAUAUUUACAUAAUUUUUGAAAACAUUUGGAUCUUACGAGGACAUAAGCAGAACUUUUGGAGAAAUACAACUACGAUUCCUAAAAACCGGAGGGGAGAACAAUGUCCCGUUUGUUUGGCUGAAAUUUGGUCCGGUAGGAUGACGUCAUGUAGUCACGUGUUUCACUCUUCCUGUCUUGUUCGGUGUUUACGUCAGUCCCCUGUGUGUCCAAUGUGUAGAAGUGUGAUUAAUGACAAAAAACUUACCUGAAAGCAUUUUGUGCCAAAGUUGUUAACGUCCGAGUGCCAUCUCACACU